AUAAUGUAGUCAUAUACUAUUAAUAGUAACAAAAACCACAACACUGCGACGGAAUAUGGCGGAUACUUGAUCGUGAUAGGUGAAGUCGCCAAGAAAAUGCCGACCUCGUGCUUAGUGAAAGGAUGCAAAAACGCAUUUGGUUAUGUAAAAGAUGUUAAAUUUCACCGAUUACCAAUCAAGGAUAUGAAGAACUGCAGGGAAUGGCUGUUACGAGCAGGAAUGACGCAGGAAGAGAUCUCGGAAGUGACAUUUUCGCGAAUGAAAAACUUGCGAAUUUGCUCAGCACAUUUCCCGUCUGCACGUCGGCCUGGCGAGCCAUUUGUGCCAACAAUAGGCAUUCCAGUUUACGAGAGAAGAUUAGCAGCUGAAAUCCUUCUGAACAUGAAUAAUGUUGCGACUGCUUCAACAUGUACAACAACAAGUGGUACUAGUACCGAGUCUUCACAAGCUGGCCCAACUUCAUACUCGGGUUCCCAGGAGAGUGACCAAAUUUAUUCAACACAAAGUAGCAAUACCGGUCAGUCAACCUCGCAGAUGAGAAAUGAUAAUGAGAUGAAUCUACCAGAUUGUUUCGUCACAGCUCCAGAGGAAGUUGCAAGUACUGCGUCAUCUGUACGGCCAAAAAGAAAGCUUUUCAGAGAAAUGGAGUCUCAGGUUACUCCGAAGGAUCCUAAGAAAAUGCGAAAUAUGGCUCUUCAGAAAACACCUCCAACUUCAAGACAAACAGAAAUGACUCCAAAGUCUAGACGAUCAACAUUUUCCAACACAGAUCUCACACUGUCUAAAGAUGUACAGACACUUAUACCGUCUCAAAAUUUUGUUGUUAAAAAAUCAACCUCCACACAGACAGUUAUUGAAACUGAAAACAAAAGUGUUCAGGCAUGUUUAGAGAAAAUUGAAUUAUUGAAAUCAAGUGAUAAAGAAUUGAAGAAAUUCACUGGCAUUGAAAAUUAUAAACUUUUUGAAAUUCUUCACAAAUACUUAAUUUCUAAAUGUUCAGUCACCUUAUGCACUAUACAAACUCAUAGUGAUGAUCCUUCAAAACUGUUUUCGCAUAUUUCUACUGAAAGUCAGUUAUUGCUUGUUCUGUACAAACUGAAAAGAAACCCUGUAGAUUCUGUUUUGUCUUCCGAGUUUCAUAUUUCAACUGGGCGUAUCUCAGAGAUUUUUAAAUUUUGGAUAAAGAGAAUGUACAGGAAGUUCAAAAUAAUUAAGAUUUGGCCGUCUCAUGAAAAUGUACACAAACACAUGCCAACUGCUACAAAGCAACACUUUCCAGAUUUAGUUGCAAUAUCUGACUGUGUGGAGUUUAGUACUCAAGUUCCAAGAGCACCGUUGCCAGGAAAGCAACUCUUCAGUAAUUAUAAGAACUGUCACACUGUUAAGGUUAUGUACAGCACAGCUCCAAAUGGUGCACUUAUUCACUGUUCAGAUGCCUAUGGAGGCAAUAGUUCGGAUAAGGAAAUAUUUGCUCAAAGUGAUUUGUCCACUAGGUUGAAGCCACAUGAUGGACUUAUGGUUGAUAAAGGCUUUUUGAUAAAAGAUUGCAUUCAAGGUAAAGACAUAAAAUUAUAUAGACCUCCAUUUCUUACAGAGAAGAUGAAACAAUUUGACACUACUGAUCGUGAAUCUGGAAGGCUAAUUGCUAGAUCAAGAAUUGUUGUAGAAAAUUUCAAUGCUCGUUUGAGCUAUUUUACAUUUCUGAAGCAAAAGAAAAUUCCAGUAUUGUAUUUGCCGAUUAUGAAUGAAAUAAGUUUUGUGUGUGGAUUUUUAGCCAACCUUGGUCCCCUGGUCAGAAACACACGAAGUACAGAGACAUUAGACGAGCAAAUUGAGGAUGAGGACAUGUUGUAAGAAAAACUUCAAAGAAGUACAACUCUGAUUAAUGUUUAAGGCCUAGUCUGUAUUUUUAUCAGGUUUUCCAGAUAAGCCUGACCAGUUAGUUAUAAGUGAUCACAUAGACACUGUCUAGAAAUAUUAUGUGAUAUAGACUUGUAGAAAUUGUUGAUUCAAGCUUUCUGAUUUGCAGCCAAUUUGGAGCAAAAAUAAAAAUACAAGUAACAUU